AUGAAUGCAGAAGCUGGACUGGGACCAGAAGUAUCGAGACGUGGAGACAGCAAUAACAAUAAUAUCGCUUCUUCCGCGGCCAAGUCACAAAAUCCGCCAAUACGCCUUCAACGCCCACCUGCAGCGCCACCUACCGGAUGUCCAAGACUUCCGCUCGCUGCUGCACAAAUCGAGCUGACGAGCAUCGGCGCCGCGGAGUAUGGACGCCUUAACACCGGAUCUGACUGCACGCCCAAUACGCUAUACGGACUUUCGGUGCUUGGAAGUAUUGGCGGAAGGCCGCGCAGGUCGCCACGUCCCAAGGAGCAAAUCGAUCAUCGCACGUCGAAGUACGCGGCUCUGCAUUGGCGGCAUGCUGACGUGAACCUUGAUCGUGUUGUUCCUGGUUUCUUGCAUCCUUUGCCCUCGUCUUCAAUCCCGGCAUCGACCUUGCUUUCGUGUACUCUUGCCAUAACAUCUUCGUGCGACGACUCGCGCGACCAAGAAACCCACGCGACACUUCACCUCGAGUCCACACGCGCGCGCGCGAAAAAUACAGUCGCAAUGCGCACCAAGCAGACCGGCAAGAAAGCGAAGCAGGCAGCAACAUCCAAUGGCACACCCGCCGCACCAACGAAGCAGAUCGCGUCCGACAACGUCAAAUCGCCAAAUACCACGACGCAGCCACCAGAGUUGACCGAAGCUGAAAAGUCGAAGCUGAAGGCCUUCCUCGAAAAGCAAGGGGCGCCAUUCACUGUGAGCACAGCACCAGCGUCGCGUAAACGAAAGAGAGAUGCAGCGGCUGUGUUGAUCCAAGACGAUCUGUGGGAGGACCGCUUGUCGGUGCAAUACGAGGUCAAGCCUAAGGAUAAGUGGGAUAGCUUGAGGCGGUACAAGAAGUUUACGGUGGGCUCCGAGAGCAUCGCGACAGGGCAAUGCAUUCUGGUCAAGGCAGACGAGUCCGACGACGCUAAGAUCGACGUCGCGGGUCAGUGGAAAGCCAAGGUGUUGGAAGUUCGGGCGCUGGACUCGGAGCACGUCUUCAUUCGCGUAGCAUGGCUGAACCGGCCAGAGGAUCUACCCACGGGUCGAAAGUCGUACCAUGGCAAGAACGAAUUGAUACCCACCAACCAGAUGGACGUAAUCGAUGCGAUGGCUGUUAAUGGAAGCCUGGACGUUCGCCAUUGGGACGACAAGGAGGACGACAGUGCGAUGAUGGAAGAUGAUCAAUACUUUUGGCGUCAAACGUUGGACCACACGGGAACGAGGACAUACUCGUUGAUAUUGCAGUGUUCCGAUCCAGCCUGUCGCAAAUGGCUGCAUGUCAAGUGCAUCGCGGAAAGAGCGGCGCAACGCGCCGCCGACGAAACCUCGACCACGAAAAAGAAGGGCACACAACCCGCACCGAAGAAGCGAGGUCGGCCGAAGAAUCUCACCAUCAGCGCCACCUCACCUGCCGUCGCCAAAGCCUCCAAGGGCACAUACACCGCGGAAGUCUUCUUGAAAGGGUUGACGGAAAGUCCGCAAGCACAACCCGCGACGCAUACCGAGAUCAUCAUCUCAGGCCCGAAUGGCGAACCCCAAGCUGAGGAGCUGUGCUGUUUGUUCUGCGACACGCCGAUUGAGGACGAUUGA